UGCAUUGCCAGGGAUGCAGCUGUGAAUAAAAAAAAAAAUUGACUCUGUGUUUCCCACAGCAUCCUAGUGAGAAAGCACGGAGCCUGCUGGAAUCAGUGUGUUCAGCAUUGCCGGAGCAGAGCGUGUGCAGGGAGCGGAGACAGGCAGCAGAGGAUCUGCAGAAAGGUAUCUGAGUACCCUCAUGAGAAGUGUCCUACCAGUCUCUCAUGUGCAGCUGCACUGGUCCAUGGGUAGCAACAGUUUAACUGAUGUCCUGAAGAGCAUUCCUCACCAUGGAUAGUCCACCAAAGCUAACUGGGGAGACGCUGAUUGUCCAUCACAUUCCUCUUGUGCAUUGCCAGGUCCCAGAUAGACAGUGCUGCUCCGUGAACAAAAGGACCAACCCCUUCUGUCAGCCAGAUCUUGGCAUUACACGCACCUCUACCCUUCCAGAAAGAGACCUUUCACAGACUGACUCCUUGGUGUACAGCAGCUUUCUCCAGGCCUCUGAAUCCUCAGCGGAGACCUCAGACAACAAAGAAGGCAAAUCAAGGGACUUGGUUGUCCCUAGUGCCAGUAAGCGACACAACCCUUUCUUACUGACCGAGGGUGAAGAUCUCAGCAUCUUUGGGGAUGACCUGGGACAAAAGUCUUUCCACCUUCACAACUCCCUUGUGGGUGGCAAACCUCCCUUUCAUCUGCAUGAGCUGGCCUUGCCCCCUUUUCACCUCCAUGACUCCAACCAGAUUGUGAAGUCCUGGAACAUGGCAAGCCGAUCCGGUGUGGUAGAUGGGCAAGAGGACAAAAUAAGCAGUGAUGACAUCCAGAAGAGGAACAAUGCAAACCGGUGCCACCAGGCCACAGAACGCAUGGAGCUGGAUGAAUGCGGCUGCAAUCGUGGUAGCUCCUCCAGCUUCUCCUUUGAUGCUGGUGACCAGGAGUGGAAUCAAAAUACAGGUGAAUCACUGAGGAAUCACGAUGCCCUGCUUAGCCGGACGUGCAGCUGUUCCAGCUCAGAGCUCCAACACUGCCGCUGCUACAGUUCAUCAAGUCAGUCUGAAGUGAUUGACCAGCAGAUGGGCUACAUCAGUGACUCUUCUUGCAACAGCUCUGAUGGGGUGCUGGUGAACUUCAGUGCUCUCUACAAUAAAAUGAAUGGCCAUUCUCGAUCUAACCUGAAUUCAGCCAACCUGUCCUGUGACUCUUCCUUCUGCAGCCACUCAGACACAGGAGCUUUUUACUUGGAUUUGCAUUCAUCACCCACAGAAUCCAAGAUGUCUUGUGAGUCGCAUCACCCGGAGAGUUCAGGGAAGACAUGUGAGUGUCACCGUUCUUCCUCACCUGUUCUUGAUGCUAACUGCAACUCCUACCACCUCCACUGUGAGCCUUGCACUUCAGAGAGCUCAGACCUCACUGCCUGCUUCCAGAGCCAAGCACGACUUGUUGUGGCUACUCAGAAUUAUUAUAAGCUAGUCACAUGUGACUUGUCUUCCCAGUCAUCUCCCAGCCCCGCAGGAUCUUCCAUAACUAGUUGCUCAGAAGACCAGACCAAAGGUAGCCCAGCCCAGCCCACUGAAUACUAUCUUUUUAGAAGGCCUGACCUAAGAGAAGAAGAAGGCAACGUGGAGUGCAGUGAAGAGGAGACAAAGGGAGAAACCACAGAGAACAUGAUUGAGGGUCAAGUCUAUGUGAACGUAUCACCACCUAACCUCAAUACAAGCCGGCAGCGCUCCAGAAGCUAUGAUCAGAACCUGGACAGGAGUCCUGGCAACAGGCUGGGGUCUUUGGAGCGUAUGGUGAGCUGUCCAGUUAAGCUGAGUGAAAGUCCAGCAAUACCCAUCCAGAGUUCCCCACCAAAGCGAGUGACAUCUUUUGCUGAACUUGCUAAAGGCAGAAAGAAGAACAGCACCUCACCACCGCUCCGGUGCAGUGGAGAUUCCUCCUUGGAGUUCUCCCCUAUUCCUGAGGCACAGCAGGACUGCCCAACUUUCCUAGAAGAAAGAGCUCACCGCAGCCAGAGUCUUCCACCCAUGCCCUUCAUCCAUGGCCUGAACCGAAGCUGUGAGAGCUUCUGUUUGAAUCACCCCUUUGGGGACAGACAGGCUUUGUGUUCCACCAAAGACUCAGGACCCAAUGAGACCGUCCCCAGUGGGCAUGGGGCAGGUGGAGGCACAGACAGCAAGCCUGUGGUACGCUACAGCAAGGACCAGCGUCCCACAACACUGCCCAUCCAGCCUUUCGUUUUCCAGCACCAUUUCAGCAAGCCACCCAAGGCCCGUGCUCUGCACAGCCAUUUUGCCUCUAGCCUUUCCCAACUCUACAACUUGUCCAGCAACCGACCUGCAAGCCAGCAGAUAUCCUCCAGUUCCCAGAGCUCUGCCGCCCUGGCAGAACAGUUGGCAGUGGCUGGAGGCCAAGCCCAUGGCAUGCUCCUGACCCAGCGUUCAGCAGAUGGAGCUGCCUCUCUUAAUGAUGGCUGCAUCAAGAAGACGGCCCCAGAGACAACCCGACCAUCCCCGCUGGGCAGUUACUCUCCUGUGCGAUGCAACGUGCCUUUCUUUCAGAGCGUGGACUCCUCUUCCUCGCCCACCACUGAGCGAGCUGGAGAGAGCCAGCCUCCCAGGAGCAGGUCCUGCCCCAUCUCUGCCAACCUGCUUCCCACCAGGUCUUCCCCUGCAGUCAGUGCCGUGCAGCCUACUCAAGUCACCAAAGUUGAUGCCCUGAGGCAAAAUGAAAACCCCAAGCCAGUUCCCAAGAAAGAGGCACCUCUGGAGCCAAGCCCACCACUCUCUGAGUACCGACUCCACAGCAGGUCCCUCCUGCCCCUUUCACUGGGUGGUGUACCCAUGAGCAGAGCAGGAGCCCAGGCAGAUCCCCACUGGAGGCGUGGCAGUGAGACCAGCAGCUCUGGUCCUCUGAGCAGCAUGGGAGGACGGCCCGUCAAUGCGAACCACCUCUCCCCUCAAGCACUGAAGUGGCGAGAGUACAGGCGGAGGAAUCCCCUGGGACUGGACCGUGUUUCAGGGCUGCCCAGCUUAGCCAACAGCCUAGACAGGAGGCAGCAAGAGCCCCGGCUGAACCGAGGGAAUCCCAUCUUUGAGUUCCCUGGCACUCUCAACACCAGCCAUUUCCACUGCAAGCUGAACGGACAGUCUAUGAAGCAACUCCAACUUACCUACACUGACUUCUUCCCUGACUACUUCUCACUAGCUGAGAAACCCCCUGCUGAGUUCUGUCUCUCCCCAGAUGGCAACACAGAGUCCAUCUCUAUCGACUUGCUGCAGAAGAAGGGUUUGGUGAAGGCAAUCAACACUGCUGUUGACCUGAUUGUGGCUCACUUUGGAACCAGCAGGGAUCCAGGGGUAAAAGCUAAACUUGGGAACAGUUCUGUGAGCCCCAACGUGGGGCAUCUUAUACUGAAAUACCUGUGCCCAGCUGUCCGGGACAUCCUGAGUGAUGGGCUCAAGGCCUACGUCCUGGAUAUGAUCAUUGGCCAGAGGAGGAACAUCCCCUGGAGCGUGGUGGAAGCAUCCACACAACUGGGCCCGUCUACCAAGUUGCUGCACAGCCUCUAUAGCAAGAUCAGCCAGUACACGGAGCUUACCAACCACACCAUGAGGUUCAAUGCAUUCAUCUUUGGCCUCCUCAAUAUCCGGUCAUUGGAGUUCUGGUUCAACCACCUCUACAACCAUGAAGAUAUCAUCCUGGCACACUACCAACCAGUGGGCUUCUUAUGCCUGUCUCAUAGUGUGUGCCAGCCUCUUUUUGAGGAGCUUCUGCUCCUGCUGCAGCCCCUCUCACUGCUGCCCUUCAACCUGGACCUCCUUUUUGAGCACCACCUGAUGCAGAUGGGCAAAGAGCAGCAGCAGCAAAAGGAGCUGCUGCGUGUGAAGCAGGACCUGCUGCUUUCUGCACACUCCACCCUGCAGCUGAUGAGGACACGGGGCAGCAGCGAGGAUCCCGACGGCUGCAGCACUGCCCCUGAAACAUGCAAAGUGGGUGGCAGAGAUGGCGGCAUAUCUCCAGGCCGCAGCCCUGAGCAAACUGCAAGUGAGAGGGUCAAGGGAGUGGGGGCCUCCUGCGGAGAUGGAGACAGAGAGGAAGAACGGAGGAAGGUGCGAGAGAGCACGUGGGAGGGGAAGAAGGACAAGCAGGCAGGCUGGUGGUACCAGCUCAUGCAGAGCUCACAGAUUUAUAUUGAAGGCUCGACUGAAGGCUCGAAGUUUAUUCGUUAUGAAAAGAAGAAGGCUUUGAGUGGUGUGCCCAGUUCGGCUGAGUCCCAUGAGACACCACCCCCACGUGAAGGGGUAGUGGAGGGAGCAGAAGCAUGCCACAUUGCUGAGGGCAGCUUGGAGGAGAAGCCCAAGGCUGCCAUCAGGCCAAGUCCUGAAACUGUGGAAGACCCCCUGGAGAAGCACCAGCAUGUGUCAGGCAGUGAAGAGGUCAAGGAACGGAGCUGGCCCUUCUGGAUGGGCAGCCCCCCAGACUCGGUGGUUACAGAGCUGAAGCGCAGCAAGGAGAAAGAGAUGGGGUCUCAGCUAAAAGUGGGAGCAACAGCAGCAGCCCCCCAAGAAGAGAGCAAUGCCAGUGCAUCAGAGGGCAGCCAGCCCAUCAAGUGGGGACACUUGUUUGGGUCCAGGAAGGUGCAGAAAGAGCCCAGGCAACCUAACAGGUUGCCCUCUGGCUGGCUGAGCCUGGACAAGUCUGUGUUCCAACUGGUGGCCCAGGUUGGAGCAAGCAUGUGGCGAGAAACAGCCCCUGAGCCAGAACCUCCUCAACCAGAGCCUCCUGAAGUGUCACCUGCACCUCAGCCAGCCCGGGGACUGUGUGCCAACCCUCCCUGUGAGGUGAAAGCUCUUUGCCAUCACAUUGCCACCGAGGAAGGACAGCUGAGCUUCAAAAAAGGGGAUAUCCUGCAGGUCAUCUCCAAGGUGGAUGGUGACUGGCUGCAGUGCAGUCUCGGCUCCGAGAAGGGACUCGUGCCCAUCAUGUACGUGACCCACCCGGAGGACGAGGACUAUUGACAUGGCUGAGGCCAAGCACAGUACCGUGGGCUGCUGAGGCUCCUCUAGGGAUGCCCAGAGAAGCAAACACAGCUUCUUGCUAGUUUCUUACCUUUCUUGCCAUUACAGAAUACAGUAACCAUAGGUGGUUCCUUCUUGCUCCUCCUUGUGCAGCUGCCAAAGGCCAAACUGGCCCAUGGAGCCUUCUGCAAGCUGUACCUCGUAUUGCCAGGCAUUGCCGUGCAUGCAGCCACACCAGGGACCGUUAGAGCCCCCUCCACCCCACGCCAUCUCCAGCACCCAUAGGUGAUGGGUUUGUAUGUAGCAGGAAUCGAAACAAUCCCUGCCAGAGCAGCACUGGCUCAGUUUCACGCUGCAGGGUGCAGGAGAAUGGCCCCUCCCGAGGGUGGCCGUGCAGCCUCCAGCACCCUGAUGUUACUGGGGUGGGAGCACCAUGCACUGCCAAUGCUGCCCGGCCUCGGCCUUGGGAGGGAAGGGGUGUGUGUGUGUGUGUGUGCAGAGCGAGGGUGUGUGGUGUUGUGAGGAAGGCACGUGGAUGUUCGGUGUGAUGUAGGUCCAGGUGAGGUAGUGCCACCCUGUGCAGAGAUAGGUGAUGUGGGGAUGUGCCCUCCAUGCUGAGCAGGUCGCCUUGGAUGCCCUGGGGUGCUCAGUGGAGGGAAGGUGGGAGGGGAGGGAAGGGGGGUGAGGGCAGGGUCCCUGACAGGGCUAGGGAUGGGAUGCUUUUGGGGUUUGGGGGCCGAGCUCCCAGCAGGAACAGUGGGGGAGAUGGGGAUAGGAAAUGCUCCCCGUGAUGUGAGUUUGGGGGAUAAGUGUUGUGCGCGAACACAAGGGGCUGCUGGGAGUCCAGGGCUCUUCAGCAGAGGCAAUGUCAGUCAGUCCCUGCCUUGCCAUGCUCUUGGGGUGGUGUGGGGAUCCUCACCUGCCACUGGGUGGGUGACAGUGUUAGCGAAAGUCCGUGCCAGUAUUUGGUGCCUUGGCCAGGCAGAUGCUGCUCAUGGUGUCUUGCCUGGGCUGGCUUCCCUGUGGCGAGGGGCCCUGGUCUUGCAAGGUUACCUCCUGCUUGUACAUCGCUUAGCGGACGUUGCACCAUAUUUAAUUUGUAUUUCCCUGUUAGAACAAGGUGUCUCGCCUUUAUUUAUUUCUUUAUUUAUGAUGCAUAUUAAUUAAAAGGUGCUGAUUGAG